AUGUGGGGUUUUUUGGAGAUCUUUGCCGUGGCGAGGGCGUUUAGUCUCAACGUGGAGCUUUAUGCGUUCGAUGUGGGUAGUCAGAAGGUUCGCUUGUAUCACCAACAGAAUGAGGGAAAGCAUUGCGUGGCGUUGCUUUUCUCGGGGCAGGCCGAGGGGGGCCAUUUUGACCUUUUGCUGCCGAUGACUAGGUUUGGAGAGGGCUGGAGGGGGAGAAGGAGAGGGUGA